ACCGCCGCCUGCCUCGCCUCGCCUCGCCUCGCCUCGCCUCCCCGUCCCUCCCUCCUCCCGCCUCCACCCCCCCGCGCCGCAGCCGGCUGCGAGCCCGGAUGGUUUGCGAGCGGAGUUGAGGGGGCAAACUUUGAAGCCCAGAUGCCUGCGGGGCUGCGCGACAGAGCGCGGCUGCUGCUCCUCCUGCAGGCACCUGCCGCCGCCGCCGCCCUCCCCCCUCCCCCGGCGCUGCCGCCCUCCGCGGGGGCGGCCGGCCCCGCUGCCGGCGGCCGCCGAGGCGGCGGGCGCUGCGGCCGCGGUUAGGGCGGGCGGGCGGGCGGCGGGCGCGCCCCCAUGCGGGUCCCGGGCUGGGGCGCGCCGGCGGCGGCAGGCGGGAGCCGGGCGGCGGCCGGGCGGUGCUCUCCCGCCGCCUGAGUGGGCGCGGCGCGGCGCGGAGCGGGACGGCGGCGCGGGGUGCCCGGGAGCCAUGGGCUAUUGCAGCGGCCGGUGCACGCUGGUGGCGGUGUGCGGCGCGCAGCUGGUUUCUGUGCUCGAGAGGCAGAUAUUUGACUUCCUUGGUUAUCAGUGGGCACCCAUCCUGGCUAAUUUUAUACAUAUUAUUAUAGUCAUACUUGGCUUAUUUGGAACCAUCCAGUAUAGACCUCGCUACAUAACAGGAUAUGCUGUCUGGCUGGUCCUUUGGGUUACCUGGAACGUGUUUGUUAUCUGCUUCUAUUUGGAGGCUGGCGACCUUUCAAAGGAAACAGAUCUCAUUCUGACCUUUAAUAUCUCCAUGCAUCGUUCUUGGUGGAUGGAGAAUGGGCCGGGCUGCACCGUGACCUCAGUAACCCCAGCCCCAGACUGGGCACCAGAGGAUCAUCGUUAUAUCACUGUCUCGGGGUGUUUGCUUGAAUAUCAGUACAUAGAAGUGGCUCACAGUUCUCUUCAGAUCUUCCUUGCACUGGCGGGCUUCAUCUAUGCCUGUUACGUUGUGAAAUGUAUUACUGAAGAAGAGGACAGCUUUGAUUUCAUAGGUGGAUUUGACUCUUACGGCUAUCAAGGUCCACAGAAGACAUCUCAUUUACAGCUACAGCCCAUGUAUAUGUCAAAGUAAACAAAGAGGCUACUCAACGUGGGCUGGAGGACCUGUCAAAGAAACUGUUUCAGGAUGGCCCCCUGCUUCUUCAAAGAGCAAAAAAAAUCCAUUUUUUGUGCUAAAAAAAAAGAAAAAAAGAAGCUGAUUGAACAGUGAUACAAAAAGCAACGGAAACUUCAGCCCCUCUUUCUAACAGGUACUAAAGGGAGAUGCCCCAGGCCCCCACCUUGGACAUCCUGCCUCCCAGCACCAGAGGGACAGAGCAGAGGCAUUGGUGCCAUCUUCUGGCUCUUCCCUACCCAGGCCACCCCCAGUGUGGCCCGUCUGGAUUAGGACAUGAACCCAGCCCAUUCGGUGCUUUCGGAGCCCACUCUGCACUCCUGGCCGCGUCGAGUCUCCUUAGUCAAGACAACACUAAAAAUACCAGGAUGACCUUGCAGCAGAAGUCAACAGACAGCGCGUUGUUUGCCCUGAAGGCUGUACAGUUCAUACUUGCCUUAACCCAACUGCGUUGCACAUCAGAGAAACUCCGUGCAAGCUUUCUGAAGUAACGUCCUUUAGGCUCAACUUGCUGCUGUUAAUUCUGAACGAUUUCUAAGUCAGUGGUUUUCUUCUGUUUGGUUUUGUUUUGUUUUUAUGUCAGGGAAUAAGGCUCUGUUGCUCCAUGGCUCCAGAGCGACCAAGUAGAAAACUGCCAGCUGUCUGAGAAGUGCUUUACUUUUGAGGCUCCACAGUGGUCAAGACACAGUUUAUAAUGGUUAAGAAAAAAAAGAAAAAAAAAAAAGAAAAAAGACCUUUUGGGGGUUGGGGUGGGGAAAGGGGUAACAUAAACUAAUAAUUGAAUCUACUGGAAAUAAGCAGCAGAAACAGUGCUUCUUAAUCCCGCUGUUUUUAUUUAUCGCACUGUAGGUGCUUUUAUAGCUAUCUCUAAAUGUCUUUUACUAACUACAGAGACAUCUGCAGAUUUCUAUCAACAAAGGCCAACUGAAUAUGUACUAGCUACGUUUACUCUUUUAUAUCUAAUUUCAACUGAAAAUUCUCUGUAAGUGAGCUUUUUUUUUCUAAUUGCGCCAUAAGGGAUCCAUAUAUUUUAUUUUUUGGUUUCAGCUAGGGUGGGCGGGGAGGGACUAGUUGAGUUGAAGAAAUAUUGGAGACCUUUUUGUGGUAUAUUUGGGGGAUCUGUUGUGUGUUAGAACGUGUAUUUUAUCUUCCUGUAUUAUUGUGGCUGAAAAAAAACUGUGCUGUUACGUAGUUGGCAACAAGAUGCCUUUGGGAAUUUUGCUAGUAGGUCAAUGUGUAUAUGAAAUACUCUGAACUCCUAGGAACAUAUGUUUUGUUCUACAUCUGAUCUGUAUUUUCAAGCACUUAGGUGGCUUUCAUUAGGAAAAAAACCAAUAUUUUGCUCAGGCUUUUCAGAAACUUGGAUUGUCAUUGUUUCUUUGCUCAGACCUUGCAUAGGCAAACGCACGCACCUGCCACACCUGAGGUGACCACGUAGCUUUUGAGGGCAAUGGGGAAGGUCGGUGCUUGGGAAAGGCUUGAGUUGCCCCCGAGCCUCUCGCUUCUCCUUGCUGGCCGAACCCUCACGCACGCAGGGCUCCCGAGCUCCCACGGCCUGUGCGCUCACGCCACUCAUCCAUCCCUGUACAAACCAGUGCCCUUUGCUGUCUCUGCAUGGAUGUACAGUGUCACAAGCAGCAACUCUGGACAAUGACAGAGGAACAGGCAUUCACCAGUGAAAACAAGAUACGGGACAUGUUCAGGAACUUCACUUGCAUUUAUUCAGUGAGAUUUUUAUAUAUAUAUAUAUAUAUGUAAGAAUGUGUGUGUGUGUAUAAGUCUAUGUAUAUAAAAUACGCAGGAAUAGCUAUUGACAGGGGCUGCAUAACCCAGGAAGCAUCUGAUGCAGGGGGCCGAGGGCUCCAGCCCCAGACCCCACUAGAUUUCCUGCAGGAAUUAGGCACAUGCCCUAGGCCUGAUCCCAUAAAGCAUUCAUUGCAGGUUUGGAUCUCAAACUUAAAUUUUCAGACUUGGGUACCUCAAAUUCUGAGUUCGUUCUGGGUAGAGCCGCGUUUCACUCCCUGGGAAAUCAUGCACCUUCCAAGUGCCAGGCUGAAAUUUCCCAUAACAUAAAAAAUUGCAAAAGUUCCUUCUUUAGGUAGUAUUAAGUAUAGCAGAUGUAUAGUAUUAAACACAAUGUAGAGGCUUAACUGGAACGAAAUGGUUGUAACAGGGUAUUUUAGUUUUCCCUGUAUAACAGUUAAUCAAAAUUAUAUUUCUAUAGAAAUGGGGGUUUUUAACAUGAAAAGAAACCAGUUUAGGCACCUAAGCAGCGACCCAGUUUUCAGAAGAUAAUUUUCCGUACGUUUCAGUGAUUUCCUACAGAACAGCAGCUGCUGGUAGUUAGCAAUUUUAGAAGUCAGACAAUUUAAUGAAGUGUCUACAUGUAGCUUUUAGGCCUGAUUUUAAUUUAGAAAAUUGUGGCCUUAAGUUCUCUGUGUCUUAGUCUUCCCAUCUAUAAAACGGGAAUAAUGUGGGCCUCACGGGGUUUUUGUGAGGCCUGAAUUGUUAAUGUUUGUAAAGUGCUUAGGAAAUAGGAAGCACAUCUAACUAUUAAGUAUUACAGUAUACAUGUGUAUUCAUAUAUUACAUAUAGAGCAGAUAUACACACACUCACAUACACACAGUAUACAUAUAUAUAUAUACACAUACAUACCUAUAUGAAGUUGGUAUUCAUAACCCUGCUUAAGUUGCAGUUAAAGCACCACCAUUAAAAAGAAAUUAGGACUGUUGACUACUAAACUAAAUGAUUAGUGAACAGAUCUCUUCUGGAAGCAGUUUAGAGCACAGUAAUGUGAGAAUAUCUGGAUGACAUUUUUGAUUUGUACAGCUGUAUCCUCCUCAAAAUCCAGUAAAGAAUGUUAUUUUUCUAGGCUGGGCUUUUGUUAUAAACUUAAAUAUUCAGAAGGCAAGAGAUACAAUCCAAAUGUGUCUUUUUUUUCUUUUCUUUUUGGCAUUUGUUAAUUCUGAAUGUAUUUUUAACAAAAGUGAUUUUUUUGACUUACUAGUGUAAUUUGCAUUUAAAAAAAAUAAAUGGAAAAAAUAUAGGUUUCCAAGCUAUUCAUGCCCCCCUGCUGCUAUUCACAACUUUCAGGAAACUUAGAAUUACUGCUCCCAACUGAGCAACAAUGCAGGAUAAAGAAUCCCAUUACAUUUACAUGAUGACAGUCCUGAUCUGUGCAGAGCAUGGAUGUGACAGCACUGAAUAGAAAUUGCCAGGUCAUGACACCAUUUUAACUCUGUCAUAGGUAGCAGGUAUUUUCAUUAUCACUGACACUAAAAGGUUUCUUUUACGAGGCUGACUGCAAUAGACUCUUCACUUCGAAAACGGGGAUUUUUGCCCACUCAUCAGGAAUUUUAAGCCUAUGAUAGGUUUACAGUUGCCAACAGUGUUAAGUAUUGCAAAAGUAAUCCUUGUGAAGAGGGAGCUAUGUAACAUGGAUAUUUCCACUGCAUUAAUAUUCUUUUAUAUGCUGUUCAUUCUCCCUACACUGAAAUGAUGAAAUCCUGUCUUAGGCAACGUCUUCAUUGAGCUCACAUAUAUUGACAGCUUGCCUGAGGUCAUUUUGGUAUAGCUGGUGUACAUUUCCAGAUACUCAGUCGUGUUCUCCUAAAACUAGUCCUUAGGAAGACAGUUCAUUAAUUAUUGUCAUUGGCAUUUUUUUAUGCGAUAAUUGUAGUGUGAGUGAUACUUCUCAGUCAGGUAAGGAGAAAUGGUUUGUGUUCCACUCGCUUAAUUUAAGCACUGGUUGCAAUACUCAGCUGCCAUACGGCAUUUUGACAGAGGCGAGUGCAGUAUGUAUCGAUCUCUGGAUGUCUCCGAAUAGGAGUGGCUAUUAACUCAGUGACUGGAGAUUUUGAUCACUUGCACUCUCACCCUCCAUUUAAGCACACGGAUAGCAAGCAAAACAAAACUCCAUACAUCAUCAGUCCUUCCAGCUUGUAAUAUUUUUAUUUCCAGUCCUCUCUUUUCUUUUUCAAUACAAUUACUCAGAGGAUGAGGAUUUUUCUCACAAAAGCGGAAAGCCCUGUGAAUAGUCUGUGUAGGUAUUGCUUCCUUGCUUUCUACUGAUGAGUCUCUUAAACAUAGCUGAGAAAAAAUAGAUAGACUUUUUGAGUUUGUUUUCUAGCUAAUCUGACUCUGGCUUCUUCACGGUGUAUGUGUAUUGGUGACAGACACUAAAGGUGAGACAGGUUUUAUUGAAGAGCUGAUGCACAGAAAUACUGCAGACAGCACGGUGUCCACUGCUGCCUGGAGAAAGAUGUAGGCUGUUGUUAUGCUAAUCAGUCUGCUCCAAGCUAUGUGCAAUAUUAAACGUAAUCAUAAUGCAUAAAAGAAACUGCCCUUUAGAACUGCAGUUAUUCAUCCAUGUAUAGAAUUGGCACAAGACAGAAAGAGCCAGUAAAAGACAUUUCCUUCCUGUAAUCACUAAUAUGCUUCAUCCCCAGCCAUGGACUGGAGAAAUCGUGCCUGUUUGGUCUUGUGUCCUGACAAGUGCCUCUCUUCAGAGCUUCACCAUGAGGGGCGAUAGCCCCUGUGCAAUUGUGACUUUUGCCUAACUGAGCGGGAUAGAAAAAAAGAUUUUGUACCAAAUGUAGAGUUUUAAGUAGCAUCAUACAUACCUUUGUUGCACAUCUUUCUCCAUAUGUAGAAAAGAAGGCUCUUUUAAAACGCACUCUUCCUUUAUUUCUUAGAAUCCAAGACAGAUAAUGUCUUUUACAAGCAUCUUCCAAAUCCUGAGAUCACCAGAGAGUUUUUUAAACAGGUCCUACCAAAACACCACCUUUCCUGCUCUCCGUUGAGUAGAAAACAGCUCUUGAGGCUUCCAAAUGCCUUGGGAUUAUUAUUUUGGAUUGAUAGGAGCACUGUGAAACACAAGAAUUUAAAAAAUUGCUUGGGGUCAUCUCUGAUUCAAAAUUAAAUCUCCUGUACAAAAGCUUCUGCAUUCAUGAGUGGAAGAGGAUCUUUGCCGCCAUCUGUUACCUAGUCACUUCCCUGUCCUUGCCUUCAUCUUACUGGGAAAUAAGUUAUGUGGGGCUAAAUGUGAAGGAGCAUGUUCAUAUUCAGCUUGUGCUCUUCAACAGUCUUCUGUUUGGCUGCACAUAAUGCUAUUUCAUACAUAUUUCAUUUAUUUCUCCCUGUCACCAACUUCUUGUCCCAUUCUCCCUCUCCCCCUCUGUGUGAAUAUAACCCCAACUACCUUCCCCAAAUUACAUACUGGUCUGUCACAUCCAUUGUUUCAAGCUGUUCAGAUAAUGAUGGUGAUGACAGUCAUGAAGGAUGGUGUCACUGUGGAUAUAUGCAAAACUGGAAGAAGAGGAAGCACAAAGGUUACGUAUAUCCUCCAAAGGCCCCAGACAUAGGGAGAUGCUUAACAGAACGGUAAAAGUUGGCAGUCCUACAGAAGCCAGGAGGUACAGCGAGCCCUAGUAGGAAUCAUUUUCAAAUGUGCAAUUACAUUUGCUAAAGCUAUAGUUCAGUGAGUACAAAGAGAGUCAUAAAUAUCUGGAGCUACAAAAGGCACAGGUGAACUAGAAGGAAAUUCGAAGAAAAUGUGUUUGUGAACACGUUGACUGAAUUAGAUUCACAUUUCAGUCUCUUCAAAUUUGUCUCAGUUUGUUUGUUUUUUUUCUCUUGCAAACAUUUGGAUCGUUGGUUCCUAUGCACGCAGGUGAACUUUUUGUUCCUGGGAGAACACGUGAGUAUGUGCAAUUGCAUUAAUUUACAUGGGAUCCUCAGUAUUCAUGCAUCUAUGUGCAUUUGUGCUAAAUGUUGGCUUAUUUCUCUCAAUCAUACACACACACACACACACACAUACAUACCUGUUAUCUGAGUAUAUUUCAUGGUGGGGAUACAAAACCACACACACAGUCUUUCACCUUUUCUACUUAGCUUUUCCUAUUCCUCCUCUCAAUAGAUUCAAAGCACUCUGCUGUUAAAUUUUGAUUAAUCAAAAAGUGGGUGUCAAAAACCUUCAGGAAAAGGAGGAGGGUGGGGAAGCAAGGGAAGGUAGAAGUAGAAUUAUAAGGUGAUAUGAUUAGUUUAAGCAUGUACAUAUGAGAGUUGAGGAAAAGAAUCAGCCAAUUAUAUCUCACUAGAGUAUCCAAUUAAUUUAUGAUAGCUCCAUAUAGAUGUAUUAUAUCAUAUCCUGCAUUUUAAAGGCAUCAAAAGCAGUAGCUAUGGAAGAAGAACAACAUUGAAGGGACUGCAAAUUGAUGCCGUCACAAAAGGUUGAUGGAUUGAUUCAAUUAAUCAGUAAGUCAUUUCUAAGAGUUCUGCAGGGAUUUAUUUACCAAACACUUACAUUGUUUAUUUUGCUCUCUGGAGGGUAUGUGUAGUGUCAUUUUUCUUCAUUAUUCUUCUUCUUUCAUUCAUCAGUUUUUGACAAAUAUUUUUAUGCCGAUAUGUGGCAUGUUGUGCAUGUAAAUUGUCCACAUCUACUGAUUUAAAGCAAUACACUCUGAGCUUCCAGUAGCCAAGAACUUUUGUUUAUUUCCCUCAGGUCCUGAGAAAUACUAGCCAUCUAUAAUUAAUAUAAAGACUUGUUUUCCAUUUAAUCUUUGCUUUCACUGUCUGCUGAACGUGACAGGGAUGUAAGGUCUUGUAUAGCAUAACAUGUGGUCACCUGCUUAAACCUUAGACAGAAACUUAACUAUGAAAAACAUUUUGAACACUCUUGAAGCUAACUAAAAUAACUGUCACAUCUUUGAUUUGACCUUAUAUUUUGUAGUUCAAAUCCAGGAAAACAAUGCAAGAAUGUUUUACAAGUGUCAGCAGUUUCACUAUGUUUUCCAUAGGAUUAGAUAGCUUUUCUAUUUUAAUAUUAUCAUAGUAUGUUCUUCAAAGUCAAUAUACAGAAAUGGCAAAAUUAGACAAAUCACAGAUUGCGAAAUGGCAGAUGCUGGCCACGACAGAGGUCUGUGAAGGAUGAAGAACUGAAACAGAAAGGAAACCAUGCUUUGAAAGUGCUGAGUCUCAUUUGGAUAAAUAUUUUUAUUUUAAAAUAUCAGGAACAGUGAACUCUAAAUAAAAAAAAAAAAAAAA